AUGUACGUAAACUCCUUAUGUGGAAGCGGUUGGCUCCAGAAAGCAUCGUUCUUAGGUAAUAGGUCUCAAGAUGCUGGAGCGAGCUUCCACCAAGUGGGUGUGUGCCGGGUAGCGCGACACGCCAACUGCCGCGCUUCGUCGCCGCUGCGGCGUUUCCUCGCCAUGCAUACCCGGGUGCCGCGCAACGAAAACUUUUCGAAGCUCCAGGGUGGGUACCUGUUUCCACAAAUAGCUCAAAGACGACGAGAGUACCUGGAGAAGCACCCAGAUGCAGCGCUUAUCUCGUUAGGUAUUGGCGAUACGACGCAGCCUAUACCUCCGCAUAUCUGCGCGGGAUUGACGCAAGGCGCUAAGAAACUUGCCACGAAAGAAGGCUAUAGCGGUUACGGCGAUGGCGAGGGUCUGUAUGCGCUCCGAAAAAGCAUCGCUUCACGUCUCUAUGGCGAUCGCAUCAGGCCGGAGGAGGUGUUUGUUUCCGACGGUGCCAAGUGCGACAUCGCCCGUCUCCAGAUGGUCUUCGGUAGCGAGGUCACUGUGGCGGUGCAGGACCCCAGUUAUCCUGUGUACGUGGACACUGCGGUUAUGACGGGCCAGACUGGUCGUAUCAAUGCCGAUACCCGCCAGUAUGCCGGCAUCGUGUACAUGCGCUGCGACGCUGCCAAUGACUUUUUCCCGGACUUGUCUAAGACACCGCGCACGGAUCUCAUUUUCUUUUGUUCGCCGAACAAUCCAACUGGAGCUGCCGCAACGAGAGAGCAACUGGCAGAGUUGGUGGCCUUCGCGCGACACAACGGCAGCAUCAUUGUGUACGAUGCAGCAUAUGCGCCGUUUAUUCGUGAUCCCGCCGUCCCGCGCUCUAUUCUGGAAAUCGAUGGAGCACUUGAAUGCGCUAUUGAAGUGAACUCAUUCAGCAAGUACGCGGGUUUCACGGGUGUACGCCUCGGCUGGACAGUUGUGCCUUCAGCGCUUCGUUUUGCUGACGGAACACCAGUCGCGAAGGACUUUGGGCGAGUCAUGAACACGGCUUUUAACGGUGCGAGUAAUAUCGCACAGCAAGGAGGCAUGGCGUGCCUAGAUGAUGAAGGUCUCGCGGAGAUCGAGCAACUCAUAUCCUACUACCUGGAGAACACCCGCAUCCUGCGAGAGGGUAUGGAAUCGCUUGGGUUCUCGGUCUACGGCGGCCGCAAUGCACCCUAUAUUUGGGUCCGCUUUCCCGGUCGCUCGAGCUGGGACGUGUUCACCGAGUUUUUGGAAAAGUGCCAGGUCGUUACGGUCCCUGGGGCAGGAUUUGGCCCAGCAGGCGUCGAGUAUGUGCGUCUGUCGGCGUUUGCGCCGCGCGAGGCCUGCCAAGAGGCUGUGCGUCGCAUCCAGACAGCGUUCGGGGGCCGCCCUGCCGACCCGAUUGCCGCCUCAUCAUUCCAGUGA